AUGAUUGUUUCUAAACAGACAAAUGAAUGUGGCGACGCUCACCUGUUCGUGGUCGGCAGCGCGGGCCGGCGCCGCCGCCAGCAGAAGGCAGAGGCUCGCGAGCAGCGCGUGGAGCGCGCGUCCGUCGCGGGGGGCCAUGGCUGCAGAAACCAUUAUCUUCGGGUUUGUCUUGUUUAUGAGGCAGAGAAAACCCAUAUGCGUUCUCCAUAUGAAGAUGAUUCGACGAGUGUCUCCAAAGGAUAUCGUUUGUAAGAAGACCUUCCAGGACACCGGGAAAACAAAUUCCAUAAUAGAAAGUCCCAUUGGAACGUGUGAAAUAAAUGCGUACAAAUUAUUGCCACAUUAAACUGUUUAAUAUAAUUGGAAAAAAAGAUGAUACAAACAAUUAAAAUUUGCUGAAAAAUACAAGGUACAAAAUUAAUCGUUAAUUCAAUUAUACUUACGGUAGUUAUACUUCAUUAUUAUGAAAAUAUUCACAAAAAAUAAUUAAUAACUAUUUCAAGACAGAAAUUUCUUAUUUUUUGUAGGAUA